AUGGCGCUGUCAUCGCAGGAUCAGGACGUUGGCAAAAGCCGCGCCUGCGCCAGCUCCUGCUUACAUGUAUCCUUUCCUUCCUCUUCCUCGUCAUCCCACCUCGACGCUGAUCUUGACCUUGACGACAUCUCCGCUUCUUCCAACCCAUCAUUUUCAUGCUUCCAGUCCUGUUGCUGCCACUUCCGCCCCAGAUUUCCACUUUCUCAGAGCCCUGCUACCAAGAUUGCCGUCCAGGAUCAGCAUUACCGUUCCUCCUCAUCGCCUUGUCCGUACCCGCCUUCUUCCCACCACUUCCAUUACUGUUGUGCCGGUCCACCAGUUCGGAGGAAACCUGGACAAGGGGCACAUGGACCGGAAUCCUCGCCCGCUCCUGAUAUAUUUAACAUCCCGGCCCUCCUCUACCGGAAGUGGCCUCUCCUUGCCCUCGCCAUUGCAACUAAUACAUAUAUCCUCCUCCACUACUCCUCUCACUUCUCUACCUCAAGCAGAGAAGAAGACCAGACGAACUGUUCCGCCUCCUUACUCAACUCCUUAUACUUAAUAAUCGUCAACAUGGUCGCCAACGUUGGAGGGCUCGCAGCCCGGGCAGUCUUUCUCAUGUCCACUCGUCCUAUUGCCCAGAGAGCAGACGUCGCCUCAUACACCAAUAACGCCGUUGCCGCCAUUCGCACUCUCGAAUCUACCUGGUACGAUGUUGGCUCUGGUCUUUGGGACAACGCCUGGUGGAACAGUGCCAACGCCUUCACCACCCUCGCCGACUUCGCCAACCUGAACCGGGAUGCUGCUAACGAGCUUAACAUCGGAGGCAUUCUCAUGAACACAUUCCAGCAGGCUCAGAAGGCCACAGCAUCAGCUUCCAAGUCUAUCAACGCCGCUGGCCUUGUCACAACCUCGUACGCCAUCACCAAGCGCGAGGUACCGCUGCCCAUCGAAGGUCGUCAAAUGAGCGCUCAGGGCUUUCCCAACUUCAUCAACGAGUUUUAUGACGACGAAGGCUGGUGGGCGCUCGGCCUGAUCCGCGCCUACGAUGUUACCCAGAACCAAGACUACCUCGACAUGGCCGUGCGCAUCUUUGCCGAUAUGAAGACCGGCGGCAAUACCAACUGCAAUGGCGGCAUCUACUGGAGCAAGGACCGCAAGUACGUCAACGCCAUCGCCAACGAGCUCUACCUCAGCGUCGCCGCCUCGCUGGCCAACCGCAUCUCGGGCGAUAAGGCCAGCUACCUCAAGAUCGCGACUGAUCAGUGGACCUGGUUCAAGGCCACCGGCAUGAUCAACGCUCAGGGCACCAUCAACGACGGCUUGGACGGCAACUGCAAGAACAACGGCGCCAACGUGUGGUCUUACAACCAAGGUGUCGUUCUCGGCGGUCUCGUCGAGCUCAGCAAGGCUAACGGCGACAAGUCGGUCCUGACAGACGCCACCAACAUUGCCAAGGCGGCCAUCAAGCAGCUGGCCGACGACAACGGCAUCCUGCACGACACGUGCGAGCCCAACUGCGGCUCCGACGGCAACCAGUUCAAGGGCAUCUUUGUUCGCAACCUGCGAUACCUGCAAGAAGCGACGCCCAACAACGACUUCAAGACCUUCAUCACCAAAAACGCCGACAGCAACUGGAACGCCAACCGCGACUCUGCUGGCAAGAUGGGUGUCGUCUGGUCGGGCCCCGCGCAAGGCGUUUCCGGGCCGACUCACAGCUCAGCACUCGACUCCAUUGUUGCCGCCGUUGCCGUGGCCGAAGAUACUGAGGCACAGACACUCAUGAUUUCACUAAAACUGAUGGUCGCCCUCCAUGGAUCCACAGGAGAACUCCCUCGAGCUAGAUCGCCAUCGAUUAAAGGAGAGAUCCUAGAAGGACUGAGCGCCAAGGGGUGUCUCCACGGUGGUAUCGGCGCGGGAGUUUAA